CUUUUAAACUUCUAAUGUUUAGUAAGGAAGCAAAUAUGGGGAAGGGAGAGAGAUAAAACACCAGAAGCUGCCAAAGAAAUUGUAAAUUGGGGAGCAGAGUUUUAGUUGUGUUAAGUACAUCAUGGAAAUAAGACGUGAAGAAGUAACAUUACCCACCUAUGAACAGUCGUGUGGUUUACCUAACAAACCAUUGUGUUCUACGUUCUUUAAUGAUGCCCUUAAGGAUCCUAUAUUGAUAUUUAUCACGAUCGCUGUAGUUAUUGGCUCCUUUUGUUUACUAAGUGGUCUAUUCCUAUUAUGUCUAGUUUCGAAAACGAUACAAGACGAAAUGUCGGAAGCCAUUUUAUUGAUAGGCAUUGGUUUCUUUAUCUCAUCUGUAGCCUGUGUUUCUUGGAAAUUAACAACCCGAAGGCAAAUUUCACACUUUAUUGCCGCUAUUAAGGAAGAGACUGUAUAAAUAAAAUUACAAUUCUACGACAAUAUUCAUUAACAUCUAAAUUUAAUAAUAACAAUUAAAUUAGUUCUAAUAUUAAGAAAGCUAAACGUUAAUAGUUUGUCAAAACAAGUAAUUUACUGAAAUUUAAGUGCCUUACUUAUUCAUUUAAACAAACGUUCCUAUUUAGUUGUAAUUUAAUUAAUUUAAAAAUAUUAAACUAUUAUAUUUAUUUAAUAAUUUAAGGAAAUUUUAAGAUCAUUUAGAUAUAUUAAAAAAAAUAAUAUUUAUUAUUUUAUUU